AAUGCUACACACCUUCACUAUGCUUUGUCUCACGUCCUCAACCAACAUAAGUACUAGCCAUGUCAGUAGUUACGUAUCCACAUGAAAAUUCCAUUUCUGGCACUAUUGUGGUAAAGAAAAUAUUAAAUCUGGUAAACUGAAGAUAGCUGGAUUAACAGGAAAGAAAAAAGAGACUUCUGUUUUAGCCAAGAUGAAAGAUGCACAAGACAUCCAGGAAGUUUCAGAGGCCCUCAAGGGUGAAGUUCACAAGCAGGAAAAUAAAAAGGAAACACCAGAGCAGAAAGACAAACUCAGAGCUUCUCCAAUGAGAAAUCAAUCUUCAGUACAUUUUUUCUCCCUGAAGACAGACUCGCACACCACAACACUGCCAUUGUCACAAUCAUUAUCCUCUGAACUGUCUCUUGGCUACUAUCCGUCUAGUCCUCAGGUUAGCAGAGCAACUGUAUCCACGGUGGCACCACUGGCUUUAAAAUCUAUGGUUAUGAGCUCUUCCCGAACAGACAACAGUCUUGGAAACAGCUGCUUGUUACUUUCAAAGAAUCAGACCCUUGACCCUGAGUUACCUGUGGCUGGAGACGGAGAGGAUUAUUUCCUGUCUUUGUUUGGUGAUUCCAAGAAACUUACUUCAAGCUCAGUCUAUGCCAAGGAUCCUUACAAACACUUCUCUACAAUUCUUGAAGAAGCUGGUAAAUCUAUAUCCAGUUCUCUUGGAGACAUUCAGAUAGCUGAAGUGAAUGUCAAGGGUUUGUUUGUGAAGCUCAUUAAUUCUUCCCUUGACAAAGAAGUGAGGAUUGGAAAUCAUAUUCUCCAACAAAACGUGGAAGGACAAGCAGUUUCUCUGUACCGAUUCCUUCCAAAUGUCAUAAUGCGGGCCAGCUCCACAGUAACAGUGUGGGCAGCAGCAUCCAAAGGAAAACAUCAGCCACCAUCUGAUUUUCUUUGGAAGGAACAAAGCACGUUUAGAGCAAGUCCAGAUUGUACAACAAUCCUGUGCAAACCGAACGGUGAAGCUGUUGCCUGGUACACUCCUAUUCACUGGAAGCAAGUGUGGAAAAAAUUAGAGACCGACAUUGAAUUUAACAGAAGUUCAGUAGUAACACCUACAUUCCGAAGGCAUAUGCUUUUGUGGACAACAUAUUCAAACCCAAUAAAUGAAGAAAAACAAGAUCAAACUAAGGAAGAUACCUCAGAACGUGACCAAAAACAAGUGCAAUUUCUUAAGAGAGAAAAGGAAAUGCCACCAACCCUUUUCCCCAACCACAGUCCUUGGUGCAACAGUCCCUAUGUGCCUGCACAUCCCUACUGCUCUCUGAUUAGACCAAAUGAUGAAUAUACUACUACUAGAACCAGCUCAGAUAGACAGCCCCAGUCUCAGUCAACCAGGGCUGAUCCAGCUCCAGAGACCAAGAAAGAGAAAGAAAUCUAAACUACAAAAGAAAUAAGCAAUCGACUCAAUCUUUAAAACUGUCUCCAUUUGUGUGAUUAUCAUGUUCAUUUUGGAAAUAUAAACAUGCAACCAAAAGGGCUCUGGUGAUGGCCAGUGAGUGAUCUCAUCCUAACAGACUUCCCUCCCAACUUCUUUCCCCUCCAAGACUUGUAAAGGAAAAACAUGAAACAAGGGGUAUGUAA